UAUUCUCAAGCUGGAUUAAAGCAUCACCGUGUUCUGGAGUUUACUGUGAAGAUACAUUUGGUCUCAGGUAUUGAAGGUUUGCGUUUACCACAAUGAGCUUUUCAUUCUCAUUGUGUGUUUUAAUACUGCUAUUAGGUGAAACCAUUAAUGGACAAACAUCAGACCCUUGCAAAACGUACAAUGUGCUGGAGAACCGCUGGAGAGCCACCAACAAUCUGUAUUCUUCUGAAAUAAUGUGUGACUGUGAGGUGAACUGGAACGGCUGGUACCGUCUGCUUUAUGAAGGUCAGAGUGUUCAGAUGCCAGACACAUGUGUUGAUGAGUAUAGCUGCGGCACUCAUGCUCCACUGUGGCUGAGUGGAGGACAUCCAAAAGUCGAGGAUGGAGUAGUCACUCGAGAUGUCUGCGGGCACUAUGAAAAUGACUGCUGCUCCUUUAAAUCCAAUGCUAUUCAAGUCAAAGCCUGUCCGGGAGAUUAUUUUGUCUACGAGCUAGUGAAACCUUCCUUCUGCUUUCUGGCAUACUGUGCAGAUGUUAGGAACAUCAACACCAGCAACACCAUUACAACUGUGGUUCCUCCUGUUGAUCCCUGCACCAGUUACCAUGCCCUGGAUAACCCGUGGAGAGCCACCAGUAAUCAAUAUUCCUUUGAAAUAAUGUGCGACUGUGAGGUUAACUGGGACGGCUGGUACCGUCUCUUCAUUAAUGGUCAGAGUGUUCAGAUGCCAGACACAUGUGUUGAUGAGCACAGUUGCGGCACUCAUGCUCCACUGUGGCUGAGCGGAGGACAUCCAACACUUGAGGAUGGAGUGGUCUCUCGAGAUGUCUGCGGUCAAUGGAGCAACAACUGCUGCUAUUUCCAGUCCAAUCCCAUUCAAGUCAAAGCCUGUCCUGGAGGUUUUUAUGUCUAUGAGUUUGUGAAACCAGAGUUCUGCUCUUUGGCAUAUUGUGCAGAUGUAAGGAACAUAAACACUACAUAUACUACUGCCAAUCCAAACACUAUGUUUACCACAGAAACAACAACCAUGGACAUAAUAACUGAAUACGCCACUUCAGAAACAACACCAAUAGAAAGCCAAGUGACAGAAAGCACCACAACUGGAGAAAGUGUGACAGUCAGUCAAGCUGCAACAGGUGAAAAGGCGAUCACAGGUGCCACAACAACAAAAAGUGCCACUAUGGACAUGACAGCAAGCGAAAAUAUGACAACAAUGACUACAACUUCAGAAUCUACAACAACAACAGCACAAAGAACAGAAAGCAGCACAACUCCAGGAAGCACAAGAACUUCAGACAGUACCACAAUAGCUGAAACCCCAGUGGCUACAACACCUGCGACUACAGGAGCAGAAAGCAUGACAAGAGAGGAAAGCACAACUACAAAUAGUAUGACAAUAAGCACAACAACUCCUGAAAGCACCACAACUGAGACCACAACAACCGAAAGCACCACAACUGGCACCACAACAACCGAAAGCACCACAACUGGCACUACAACUCCAGAAAGUACCACAACUGAGACCACAACAACCGAAAGCACCACAACUGGCACCACAACUCCAGAAAGUACCACAACAGAGACCACAACAACCGAAAGCACCACAACUGGCACCACAACAACCGAAACCACCACAACUGGCACCACAACAACCGAAAGCACCACAACUGGCACCACAACUCCAGAAAGCACACCAGCGUUUAAGUAA